AUGCAUAGCACAAUGGACUUGUUAUGGGCUGAGAAAAACUCCGCCGGCGGUGAAAUUCAGCUGCCGGAAAGCCCAAGAGGGCCCAUGGAAUUUCUCUCAAGAUCAUGGAGUGCCUCAGCCUUGCAAGUGUCCAAAGCUUUAGCUUCUCCAACUCCUCCACUUAUGUCACUACAAAAAAACGCGGCAUCGGCUAGUAGUAGUCAUGCUGUCAUACCGGAAAAUAUCGCGGGAGAAGAAGAGGAAUCUGCCAAGCUUUUGGGAAACACAUUCUCUUUUGCUUCUUCGACAACUUCUCAACUAGUCCUCGAACGCAUCAUGUCUCAAUCGGAAAUAUCACCACUAACAUCUGGAAGACUCUCUCAUAGCAGUGGGCCUCUGAAUGGCUGUUUGACAGAAGAAACAGACAGCCCUCCAAUCUCUCCAUCUGAGGAGUUUGAGGAUGUUGUCAAGUAUUUACGUGCAAAAAACACGUUACAACCCCUAUUCACUGGAACACACGGUGCCUAUAGUGGCGCUGCAGCUGGUGGCCCUAGCACGCCUCGUGGCAAGACAGUCGGGAGGUGGUUAAAGGAGAGGCGAGAGAAGAAGAAAGAAGAGAUGAGGGCCCAAAAUGCCCAGCUCCACGCUGCUGUUUCAAUUGCCGGGGUGGCUGCAGCGGUGGCUGCAAUAGCAGCAGCCACAGCAACUGCAUCUUCUAAAGGUAAGGAUGAGCAGAUGGCGAAAACUGAUAUGGCGGUGGCUUCAGCCGCCAGUUUGGUGGCUGCGCAAUGCGUGGAGGCUGCAGAAGCUAUGGGAGCUGAUUACAACCACCUCAUGUCUGCCAUUAGCUCUGCUGUCAACGUCCGUUCACACGGAGAUAUAUCAGCACUUACUGCUGCUGCAGCCACAGCGCUGCGUGGAGUAGCUACCUUGAAGGCAAGAGCCCUGAAAGAAGUGUGGAAUGUCGCAGCAGUGAUUCCAGUAGAGAGAGGACUUUCCUUGGGCAAGACGUGUAAUAGCAGCAGUAACAAUUCCGACAACUAUAAUGAAGAAUUAGUUCCUGAAGAGAAUUUUCUGGCUGCUUGCAAUGAAGAACUGCUUGCUCGUGGUAACGAGCUUCUCAAAAGAACACGAAAAGGUGAUCUUCACUGGAAAGUUGUAUCCGUAUAUAUUCAUCGAACUGGAAAUGUGAUGCUGAAGAUGAAAAGCAAAUAUGCAGCAACUACGAUAACUAAGAAAAAGAAAAAUGUGGUGUUGGAGGUUUGUAAAGACAUGCCGGCAUGGCCGGGGAGGCACUUGUUUGAGGACGGUGAGCAGAGACGAUAUUUUGGGCUGAAGACACAAGCGCGCGGCGUUGUUGAGUUUGAAUGCAAGAAUGAAAGAGAAUACGAGAUGUGGACACAAGGUGUUUCAAGGCUUCUUUCCAUUGUUGCUGAAAGAAAAAGAAGGCAUCAAAAAUAG